AUGGAAAAGCCUUUGCUUUUGUAUGUAUUUUUAUUCCACUGGCAUUUCCUAAAUGCUUUAUUCACGGUUGAAGCUCCCCAGUCACUUUACACCGUGGAACAUGGGAACAAUGUGACCAUGGAAUGCACAUUUCCAGUGAAUGGGCAAUUAAAGAUUGGAGAUUUAAGUGUCAGCUGGGAAAAGAAUGAUGAGUUAAAAAAGCAGGUUUAUGUACUUCUCAAAGGAGAGGAAGACUUUAAAAGUCAGCACAUUGACUUUAGGGGAAGAAUAAAAUUAUUGAAAGAGAAUCUGAACUUGGGACAGUCUCUCCUUCAGAUCACUGAUGUGAAGCUCAGAGAUGCAGGGCUUUACCGCUGUCUUAUUGGCUACGGGGGAGCCGACUACAAGACAAUCAAUCUGAAAGUUAAGGCUCCUUAUAGAACUAUAACACAAGGAGUGGUGAGCAUAGGAGACAACAAAUGGAAGUUGACAUGUCAGUCAGAAGGAUACCCACAAGCUGAAGUGCUAUGGCAAAACAGAGAAUAUGAAGAUUUGACUGAUAAGGCAAACACAAGUUAUGAAACUGGAAGUGACCAGCUGUAUCGUGUGACAAGUACCCUUACAAUCAAAAGUAGGAUUGAUGAGAUUUUUUACUGUAUAUUCUGGAAUAAAGAGCUGCAAGAAAAUACAUCUGCCAUUUUACACAUAGCAGAUACAGCUGAUGGUGUUCUGUGGGCUGAGAGCAGACGCUUUGUUGGAGCAAUUCUCAUUGUGACUGCUUUCUUGGGAUCAGUGCUUCUAUUUAUGCUCUGCAUAAGAAAAGCUAGAGCAACUAAGGACAAAGGAAGACCUGUGGCUAGUUCGUCAAUAGCAAAGCUGUCAAAAGAUAAGGAUACACAUGACUGCAGAGAUGCUUCUUUUGAAGAUGAAGAGCUGAAAUAUAUGCAAAUUGAGAAGACCUAG